AUGAUAAUGAAAGCAAUACACUACUCGCUGCUGGCAGCAUUGGCCCUGAAACUGUUGGGUGUGUGCUAUGGGUGCAAAAUUUCCGAAUACCCGUGCAAGGGAGGUGCCAGCUGUGUGCCGCUGGAUAAAUACUGUGAUGGACGUGAUGAUUGCGGUGAUGGCAGUGAUGAGCCAAAAAUGUGUACAGUGUGCAAUCGGACGUACUACGGUGAUAUAGGGCGAACGUACACACUCACGGUACCGCCACCGCAGUGGAACCGGCUGCCAUUUCUCUGCCAUCUUACGUUUACCGCUUCCGGUCACGAACAGGGUGACAUCGUGCAGAUCAUUUUCGACAAAUUUACCGUCGGACGGUUCGACGAAGGUCUCAUCGAUCCGGAUAUGGAUUCGAGCGAUGCAAGCCUUACGAGCGGAGGCGAUCUGCCCGGCUGUCCGGAAGGGUUCAUGCAGCUCAGCGAAUUGGGACGCCCAUUCACCGGUGGAUCCUGGUGCGGGAAGGCUUCCGGUCAUCAGCUGUACUUCAGCGAAACAUCUACGGUGACAGCAUCUGUCAAGGUCUUUCAUGCACCGAUGCAGGCGGGCACGCCGUUUGAAUUUCGCAUCCGGUACAAAUUCAUAAGUCAAUCAGAGGCUAUUGUCAGGUACGGUGCACCGAGCGAACUGCUCGAGCUAGGACGUGUCACGCCGGGCACAUACUGCACCCGACAGUACGAUGAAUGUUACCGGAAAAAGUGUCGCCUUCAGAGUCCAAACUAUCCCGGCAUGUACCCGCGAAACGUCACCUGUUACUGGACCAUCCGGCAGAAGGUGGUGCCGACCUGCAAGCAUGCGAUGGUAGCAAUAAGCCAAGAAAACGAACACAAAGCACUCGUGAAGCGCUCUAUUGCCAGCCUAAACAAAACCUCACGGGCGGUACGGGCCUGGUCGGACUGCACCGGCGAGCGGGAUCAUCUGAUCUUUUACGACGGUAGCAGCACCAACGAUCCAGUGCUGGCCAAGUACUGCGGCGGCGACUGGUUACCUCGCGUCGUUUCGCGUGGUCCGGAAAUGCUGAUCGCGUUCCAUUCCAGUCCAUUCUCAGCACCGCUCCAGUCCGGACAAUCGAAUCGUGGUUUCGAGCUGGACGUGGACAUUCUGUUUGCCGAUUCCGACUCGUACGACUUUGCCCAGGGCAGCAAGUGUGAGUUUCACAUCAACGCCUCCAACCCAGAUGAAGUGCUUUUGUCGCGCCGUGGCAGGAUGGGCCAUCUGCUGAGUCCGCGUCAUACGCUCGCGCCAAACACGACCUGCACGUACUACUUUCACGGGAUGCCGACGGAUUUGAUUUGGAUUUCGUUCACUCACUAUCAUCUGCAGAUACUGCAGCCGAGCAGUAGCGGAAGCGAUAACUCCACCAUCGGAAGGAACGAAUCUCCCUUGCCGUGGAUUACGCGAACACGCAUUUGGGACAGUGCGGGUACAUUCGUCCCAGUGCGUACGACUUCACCGGCAACUAUUCUAUCGUCCCCGGGAGGUCCUUCAACCACUGCGUACGGUUCGACGCUUGGAGUGGGAGGUGUUGGCGGUUCUUCAUCGCUGCCGGGGCUUACCACUACGACGGCACUUUACCAGCAGCUCAUGAAUCGUACCGUGAACAGUUACUACACCGGCGUCAAUCAGAAUGGCAAAAGUCUCAAGAUCAACGUGGAUAACGUGUGGAAUCCGGUGGAUCAGUAUAUCUACGGACCAACGGUGAACAGUAUCUUCAACCAGCCACCACCAACGGCUCCAAGCGAGGGCUCGGGCCGUGGACGAGGCUCUGGGUAUGGAUCGUCCGGACAGGAUAAAUACUCCAAGCACAAGAGCAAAUCCGAAAUGGGAUCGGGCAAUUAUGUACAGUCGGUGCGUCAUGGUAAGGACUCGUCGGGAAGCUCCGGUUACGAUCUCGCUAAAGAUCAUGGCCGGAAGGACCGACAACCGUCGUCCAAAUCUGCGUACGGUUCCCGUCGCCUGAUGGCGGAAUUCUUCGACAAUGAGGCACCAAAGCUGUGCGACCACAUGACACUCGAAAGCAAGGGCCAUCGGAUGAGACCGUGUACACCGUUGGAAAGCUACGUUAGCACUGGACGAGAUUUGAAAAUUGAAUUCCACACCAUGACCGGUACGUCACUGUUUCCGUCGAGCUUUGGCAUCAACUACGAGUUUGUGGACACAGAGCUGGGCGGUGAACCAUACCUAGGCGAACAGAAGAAACCAAGAGAUCCACAGGAAGAUCUCACCCAAGCCGCAGAUCCUUCUCUUCCGAUACUCUGUUCGCGUGUGUUCCGAAAGCGCAAAGGAGACUUCCAGGCACCGCGGAACGUUUUCCUGCAUGGUCGUGGUGGUGCAAAGAACAUUUCCUGUCUCUACCGAUUUGAAGCUUCCGUUGGGGAACGGGUUCGCGUUGAGUUGUUUAAUGUGUCGUUCGGCGAGUUUGCGACCUGCGUCACGGAGAGUGAUGGACACACGGGACGAGCUCGUUGCAGUCCGUCCGAAAACGAUCCCGAAAGUCGGAUCGGUGAGCUUCGCAUCUACGACGUACCGUACCCGGAUGCACGCAUCCCGAUGGGUUGCUUCUGUGACAAUACGAGCAGCACCUACAACGCACCACUCACGUUUAUCUCGAACUCACGCACACUGGAAUUGACGUUCAUCGUAACUAGGUUAAACAUUUCCGAAGAUUUUGCGGACGUUUACUUCCACGCGGCGUACGACUUUAUACGGGUGCCCGAGUGCCGCCGGAGGUUGCGGUUACGCGGUUCGGGCGGUGAGGAUGAGAUGAGCUUUCCGCUCCGUUCGCACGAAGCGAGCUGUGACGGUUUGCCGUGGUACAUCGAGGCACAGCAGCAGGAUCGCAGCCUGUUUGUGCGCACGUGGGGCAGCUUUCUGCCAGUGGAACCGACGGCAGACGACUUUUCCAAGUGCAAUACGCGCAACCGGCUGAUCGUGUACAGCGGUGUGCCGUUGAAGGUGAUGCGUGUGAUUUGUCCUUCACCACCGUCCAGUCGAUCGGCUGCGCUGCACAUCUUCAGCGAGGAUUGGUUGAGCAAUCAGCCGUUUCUGACGUUUGACAGGCCGGUAAGCAUGGUACUGGAACCGAUACACAAGGAACCGGGCAGUAUAGGGUUCUCCUGGCUCGAAAUUCAACGGACAAAAGCGUCACUCAUCCAGCAGCUCGAUCUUCAGUCAAACUUCACCACCAAUGACACGUUGGUUGAGUUUGGACUCUAUCCACGCGAGACAGAGUGCGAGUAUCGGUGUCCAGAGCUUGAUGCUUGCAUCGGCAGUGCUCUCUGGUGUGAUGGUCGUCCCAACUGUCCGUCCGGGUACGAUGAAAGCGAGCAGGAGUGUGGCAGUCGUCUAAUCGAGCUGCCCGGCGGCAUUUAUGCCGCGUUCGGCUGCGUUGCUGCGGCCAUUUCCGCCUGUCUCAUAUUCUGUCUGCUCGUGAUGGUGAAAAAACGUCGCAAAGCGAACGAAAAGCUCAAACCAACGGUAGGUACUGGGGCCGCCUCGCUUAACGGCACCCUGUCGAAGAAGGACUACAAGAAGGAGCCACUGUUCUUCGAUCCGGACUCCUGACACGGGCUGCAACCGGUCGAAUACAUCCACGUCGACCGGGAAACGACCGUGUGACAUGCUGUCUACCUGGAUAUGGAUGAUCUGGCGUACUGCUAGAUCGC